AUGGCAGCGGUGCGGGCCGUGUGGGCGGAAAACUUCGCCGUCGAGUCCGCCCUCUUCCACGCCGUCGCGCCGCUCGCCGCGUACGCCGCGAUCAACGUGCAAUACCCGGGCUGCGUGGUCACCGCCCCCCGGUACUACGACCUCACCACCGCCGAGCAGCGCUACCAGGUCGUGAGGGCCAACGCGGACCAGCUCGAGCCCCUCCAGCUCGGCAUCGCGAUCCGCACCUCCGACGGCCGGACCUUCGCCUGGGAGUUCAACUUGAACGGCUUUGAUCUCGCCGCCGCCGCAAACAACACCUGCAACCCGUCCUCCAUCGCGUACCUCCGCCGGCGAGGGAUCGACUUCAACGCGCUCCCCUGGUCGGGCGUCAGCACCGCCAGCCUCCGGUCGCUGCUCCUCAGCUCCGGCCUCCUCCUCGCGCGCCCCUUCUGGGCCACCUUCGCCGGAGCCUACCACGUCGCCUACUUCGCCAAGCUCCUGCUCGGCACGAACCUCCCCGACGACCUCGCCACGUUCGAGGAGACGGUCGGGGGCCUCGGGGCGCUGCUGGGGCCGAACGUCUACGACGUCAGGCUUCAAAUCACAUAA